UUUGUUUCUGUCUUCCAGGGUAUUAGCUAUCCCACCCAAUUUUGUGUCAUCUGCAAAUUUGAUCAGCGUUCCCUGCACCUCCUUGUCCAAAUCAUGAAUAAAAAUGUUGAAGAGCAUUGGGCCCAGGACUGGGCUCCAUCCUCCUCCUUCAGGAACUGCCUGGGAAAGGGACUCUGGCAGAGGCAUUAUGCUGCCCAUCCUGUUGCUGUCUUUAGCCUUCAUCCACAACACUGUCUAUGGGAGCGUUUCCUGCUAUGAUGACUCUGGGCAGCCUGUGGACUGGUUUAUUGUCUACAAGCUGCCCAGACCCCAUGACAGCCCCCCAGCAGGGGGCAUGCAGUACAUGUAUCAAGAUGGCCGUACACAGGGCUGGGUGCAAGGUAGGAGUCUGAUGAACAGUACUGAGGGAGCCGUGGGCCGGACCCUGCAGCAGCUGUACAACGAGGCGAGGUGGAGGCAGGAGGAGGAAAUGGCCUAUGUCCUGUACAAUGAUGAGCCUCCAAAUAAGCUUUCCUUCAACGUCAAGGGCCAUACGAAAGGAGUCAUCCUUCUGGAUCGAACCCAGGGAUUCUGGCUCCUUCACAGCACUCCUGGUUUCCCCCCCAGUCUAGCUGAGAAGGAAUAUUCCUGGCCCCACAGUGCGCUGUCCUUUGGGCAGACCUUCCUGUGUGUCACCUAUCCUUACAGCCAGUUCAAAGAGAUUGGGAAUCAGUUGCUCUUCACUGAGCCCCACGUCUAUGAUUAUCGUGUGGAAGGUACUUUUGCCCAAGACCUGCCUGCCCUGUUGAACGCUUCAGAGGGGCAGCACAUCCAGGAGGAACCAUGGAACUCCAGCGUAGCCCUGACAUCACUGGGGGGCAAGGAAUUUGUCAGCUUUGCAAAGUUUCGUUCCUUCGGUGACGAUCUGUACUCCGGUUGGUUGGCCCAGGCGCUCUCCAGUGAUCUCUUUGUUGAGUUCUGGCUCAGAUCCCGAGGGAUCCUCCCUUCCAACUGUUCUGAGCACUUCAGAGUCUACAAUGUGCAACAGGUGGCCUUCCGGGAUUCAGCCCCCACCUUCCUUUCCACAAAGGACCAUUCCAAGUGGUGUGUGGGGACAGAGAGUGAUCCCGGCUGGACGUGUGUUGGGGACAUGAACCGCAACCGCGCAGAGGAAUGGCGUGGGGGUGGUACCAUCUGCUGUCGUGACCCAGCUGUCUGGAAGGCCUUCCACUCCCUAGUACAGAAUUAUACGGACUGCGAUGAUGCACAGGAACCCCACAGUACAUGGGCUGUGAUCGCCUGAAGAAUCUCAGUCAUAUUAGGGGAGUGUGGUUCACCAAGCCGGGAAAGAGGACUUCAGAUGACCCUAAAGGGUCAUGGGGGGCUUUGCCCAGAUAUUCCCCACUAUCAAAUUUACUCCUCCCAGUUUCAGUCACAGUAUAUUAAUCAUAUAGCAAUGAUUAAAUCCUUGGUCCUUUUGAUAAUUGGCUCUGCAAUUUCUUUGCUCCCUUAGACUGUUUUUUCUGGGAAGAAGCCCUUGGUUUCCAGGCUUGGGACUUGGCUAGACGUUGCUUUGUGCUUCUCGCUUUCUCAGCGUCCCCUCUUGCUACACAAGAGUUGUGCGCACGACGUGGAGAAAACGCUUCAAGGGCUCCCAUUUUCUGCAAUAAAAGUGUACGUUUUGUAUGUGUUCACUCA